CUUCGCUCCACCGUUCUUGGUGAUUUUGCUUCAGUACUAGAUCCAGUCGAACUCAUCCGUAGUACAGGACCUAAUCGCACUCAUGAACUAUGCGGAUCCUUUCAUGGAACAUUAAUGGCGUCAGGACUCUUCCUCGAUAUCACCCAUGGAACACUUUCACUUCAUUUCAAGGAAUUCUGGAGCAUCUCAAGGCAGAUAUAAUCUGCUUUCAAGAAAUGAAAUCCUCGCGUUCCAGCCUGUCGCAUCGUAUUGCUUUACCAGACUAUUUUGAAGCUUUCUUCUCCUUCCCACAAAAUAAAGGAGGGUAUAGUGGUGUUGCGGUCUACACUGACUCCCGCACUAUCACUCCACUCCGAGCAGAAGAGGGUCUCUCCGGCAUCUUGCAGCCUAAGCCACCUCUGACGUCGGAUGAACGCAUAUCUCGUUCAUAUCCCUGCGCACAUGAAAUCGAACUAAUGCCGGACGAGCAUGGAUCAACCCCAAGUGAUUUCGCUGCCCUAGAAGCUGAAGGCCGUGCCCUGAUCGUAGACUUUGGCCUGUUCGUAUUGAUCAACGUCUAUUGUCCAAACGAAACUUCCGAUGCACGUCUUCCUUUCAAAAUAAAUUUCCACGUCAUGUUGCAAGAUCGAGUCCGACAGCUCAUGAAUGAAGGCCGGGAAGUUGUGGUCGUCGGUGACAUCAAUAUCUGUGCAACACCAUUGGACCAUUGUGACGGUCAUCUUGCUAGUAACGCUGCGACUUUCCACGACCAUCCUGCUCGUGCGUGGUUUCAUAGGUGGCUGAGCCCUAUUGGUUGCAUGACUGAUGCCGUGCGGACAUUCUGGCCUGACAGAAAGGGAAUGUACACAUGCUGGAACAUGAGAAUUUCAGCUCGGGAUACCAACUAUGGUACCCGGGUUGACUACAUUCUAGUUACAUCCGGUAUGCUUCCCUGGAUCAAGCACGGAGACAUCCAGCCGUCGCUCAAAGGUUCUGAUCACUGUCCAAUAUAUAUUGAUCUCCACGACGAAAUAAUAACCGACGCUGGCGAACGAUUAUUCCUCCGCGACAUCUUGCCUGUAGACGGGAGUAGGGCAGAACCGCCUCGGCUUGCAGCACGACGAUGGGAAGAAUAUUCUGGAAAGCAGACACUACUGUCCACGUUUUUCGGCAGAGGGAACAAGCUGCAUUCACCCAACAAUGCCCCAUUUUCCUCGCUUUCGCCCACUCCGGUCACACAGACAUCCCGGGAACAUUCUGAUGCUGCACAGCCCGAUCACACGCAACCUGUCAUUCUACCCCCAACGCGUCCCUCGCUGAGCUUUCAGAAGUCCGCGUGCACGUCCACGAGUCAGCUCCUUGCGCCAUCACCCAAGCUACAAUCCAAUCCCAUUUCGCCACGCCAAACUGCGCCCCCAGCUAGUUCUUCCAAACGCAAGUCAUCAGACAACUUAGCCAAGAACGCGCCCAAAAGAAUGAAAGGCGGUCAAAGCAAGCUUUCCUCGUUCUUUGCGCAGCCAUCAGUCGCGCCGCCUUGCAACCAGGGAAAAUCUUCAAGCGACGUUGCCGAUUACCCGAACUACAUAGAUUCCGACUAUCAACUGGCACUCGAUCUUUCCGCUUCACUUGAAAAUCCACUUUUGCAGGCCUCUGCGACGCCUUCGGCUUCGCAAAGUAAAGCGGCAUGGUCGCAGCUGAUGACUCCGGUCCGACCACCUAACUGCCUCGUACACGAUGAGCCUGCGAAGGAGUACACCGUCAACAAGCCAGGUCCAAACAAGGGCAAAUUUUUUUUCCUCUGUUCGAGACCAGUCGGCCCGGGUUAUGACAAAGGCAAAAGCGAACGCCUCCGCGAAGAGGUGGAUCACCGAUACCGGUGUAAUUUUUUCAAAUGGACGAGCGACGUCAGACGGGAAGCCAAGGAGAAGUCAUCCACGUCAUGAGAUCAAAAUCAGCCUCGAAGCAAAUUACACUAGUCGCAUAUACUUACCCCGGGCCGCGGUUGCUCUUGUCUUCAUAAGGCAUUUAUUUUUGGGGUUCAGAAGGUGUCAUUGUAUGAGCAUUAGACACGUGUUUGACAAUUAUACCUUUUAUACCCCUGAACACUAGCUUGAUCCGCUUGGCGCGCGGA